UCCUCCAUAAGCUGUGUGCGGCCAUACCGCCCUCUCAACAAUUCCCUGGCGGGGUAACAAGUAUAAAACCGGAGACGGAACUGAUCAGAGCCGCUAUAUACGCUAGCAGCCUGUUCUUUGGUCCUGAUCAACCCUUACGCCGGUUCCCCGUGUUGCGUUUUUGCCCAACAGCCAACACACCACCGUCUGGCUUGACCGUGCUACCGGCAAAGUUGGGAGAAGUUCGGAAAAACUGUGAAAAUUCGAAACGCAAUAAUGCGACACUUUUUUGCUUCAAUCUCCCAUAAACUACUAGGAGCUGCAUUAUUCGCAUUUUACCUUCAGGCAAGUUUCGCUUACACCUUACCCGAAGAAGAAGCUGUAGAUGACAAUCUCAAACAGAUGGAUUCAGACAUGAUAAAAAGGAAUUGGAAUAAAAAUCUGAAAAUGUGGGGAAAAAGAGCUUGGUCAAACUUACACGGAGGCUGGGGUGUAAAAAGAAGCAUAUCAGAUGAUUUUGGGCAAGACGAUUUAGUAACAGAAAAAAGGGCUUGGGAAAACUUUCGGAACGGAUGGGGAAAGAGAAGAGUUCCUCUUGAAGAUUUAACACCUCAAGAGCUGUCCCUUCUAGAAAACGAAUUGCAAUACACCGAUUUCGACAAUCUCGAGGAGAAUGAUGAUGAAAAACGGAGCUGGAACCAAUUAAACAAUGGAUGGGGCAAAAGGAAUAAGUGGUCAGAAUUCAGAGGUUCUUGGGGUAAACGCAGUCCCAGCCCAGCCUGGAACAACCUCAAAGGCAUUUGGGGAAAACGAAGCUACAGCGAGAAGGCCGUGCUGUAAACAUUUUAGAUUCCUGGACUGAAUAGGGUGCGCUAUCAACUUGAUUUCAUUUGGAACUACAUAUACUUACCUUCUGUUCACCCUUACGAAGUAUUCAAUUGUAUUUAUAACUUAUAGAUCGAAUGAACAUGAUAUAAUUGUAAUUUUUGAGAUUUGUUAUCUAUUUUUGAGAAUAUUUGUAAGUGGAAGAAUCAUAUUAUCAGAUCACUGACGGUUAUGUAGGUAUUGAAUUUCGUGGAGAAAAUUAUAUUGUAAGCAGUAACACUGGUUUUCAUUUGACCUAAAGAAAAUAAAACACCAAAAAAAAAUAGAAAUAAUUCGUUUUAAUCAAUGAAAUACGUGGUGAAUAAAGAUGCCAAAGAAACUUCGCAAA